AUGGCGCACUCCGGCAUCGCCGCGCUCGUGGCCGCCUUCGCCGCUGGCCUGGUGGCCUGCCAGGUGGGCACCGCCUUCGUGGCGGCGCCUCUCGGCCGGCCUGGGCUUGAUGGCCACAUGGAGCCGGCCCCGGUUUCCGCGGCUCCCGGCGCGGCGCCCGCCUCGGCGCCCGUCGGAGUCGGCCUGACAAUGAUCGGGGCGUCCGUGGCCGUCGCCCUGCUCGCCAGGGGUGCGCUGUCCAGCGCUGGCAGGGAGGCGCGCGCGAAGGGCCCCGCUCAGCACAGGGUCGUGAUGGCGUUGGCAGCGGAGAUUGCCAACGGUCGCCUUGCCAUGAUGGCUAUCAUCGGAAUGUUUUUCCAGGACGGUUUGACCGGCUCCGCGUGGGGCGACUGGGCGCUCUACACAGGAUCCCCGCUGCGCGCGUUCGAGAGCGAGCUGGGCGUGCAGGACCCCGUGGGCUUUUGGGACCCUGCCGGGUUCACGGCGGAUGGUAGCACAGAGAACUUCGCCAGGAGGCGCCAGACAGAGCUCAAGCACGGCCGCGUGAGCAUGCUGGCGACGAUGGGUUACAUCACGCCCGAAAUCACUGGCAAGCUGCCUGGCUACUUGUCGCCUUCGGCUGGCCUGAAGUUCGCGGGACAUCCCGAAUGGGCUCGGGGCGAUCUCCAAGGUUCCCGCGGCGGGCUGGGCGCAGAUCGUGGCGUACGGCGCGUUCUGCGAGCUGUCCCAGGACCAGUCCGCUGGCACCGCUGCCGCCGCAGGCGACUUCGGCUUCAAGGUGCUGACGUCCAGUGA